AUGUCGCAAGCCCCAGGAGGGAAGAAAGGCGGGAAGGGUCCCCCUAAGAAACCAGUAGAUGAAGAUAAAACAGCUAAGCCUGAAGAGAAAGAUGAAACGUCUUCAAAUAAUGGAGAUAAGAAGGAGGCUAAGGACAUCAGCGUUCCGGAUGUCCCUAAGCCUCCCAGUGCCGGAGUUAACAUGCGGGAGGCUGCUGCAAAGAUCUUGGUGUUGGCACAAAAAGGAGAGUGGUCGGCGGUGGAACAAACCCUCAAGGUAUUGGAGAAGCUGGUAGCUGCAGGAGGAGAGGAUAUAGUAUCAGUUCCUAUGGCUGGAAUCAUUGAUCCGGUAUGUAAAGUUAUAAAAUCGUUGCUCGCUUGUUUGUAA